UGUAUAAAAAUGAAUAUUGUUUUUCCUUUCAGACUGAAGGGGUGUUAUAAGAUCUAACACUCAACACAGAAUAAUAAUCAAAGUCCUGGUGGGGAGUUGACGCCAAAAUGAGAAAUAUUGCGUGUUUACUUAUUGACAGAUAUCUCUAUAUUUUAGAUGGGCACGGAUUCGGUACGCGCUCUCUGUUAGCGCAUCGAAACGCCAAAAUCGUGUUUGGCGCACCGGUCAGCCAGGUAGUGCAAGAAUAUAUAUACUUGUUUUUGUUGGGUGUUUUCUACAAUUUCGUAUAAAAUAGAGGGGUCAAUUUUCAAUUUUUAAAAUAAAUACAUUUAAGUUAAUUCUACAAUUAGUUGGAUACUCGAGUUUAGUUAACAGUUAUUACUACGGCUAACUCUUCUUCUAGCCCAGGUUUUCUUCCUUCUCUUCUCCUCCGUCGCAAUCGCAUCGUCCCUUCCUAUCUCCACCAUCGAGAAUGACUCAGCUAACUUCUUCUUCUCCCCCCCACUCACCGACGGUGGCUUUGGCGGCGUGUUGUUCCAGCAACUCAUCCGACGAGAUUCAAAGAUUUUGAACCACGAAACGCUAUUUUUUUUUGGGAUUGAGAAAUUGUUCAGUGUUAACGAUUCUGUUUAGGCGGAUCCAAGCACACAAUCAGCCUCACCACCUCUGACGACGACGGUACCUGAUCUGCAUUGUCGGUUGUCUUCGGCAGUAGAUGGCUUCGCCGUCUCCAUAAUGGAAAGAAGGGUUGCCGGGGAUGAAGAUACCACUGGGGGUGAAGCAGACCAUGGAGUUGGAUUGGUUGAGGGUGAAUGCUUUGCAGGGAUGGAGUUGAACGAGUACGAUUUACAGGAAGAUGAAACAGAACACGACCAUCCGGUUGAGGGCGAACGCUCUGCAGGGAUGCAGUCAGACGAGCACGACUUUCAGGAAGAUGAUACAGAACACGAUCAUCAUGCAGAGGCCGAUGUCGACAAUGGGGAUGCGGUUGAAUUGGAAGAUAGUUUGGACGGCGCCAGAGGAAUGUCUGACAAUUAUGCGGAAGAAGAGUUUUACGCUGUUGAUUCUGUGGAGUCGAUAGGUUGGAUUGAUUUUUUGAACUUGAGCGAGGAGGAUGUUCUCCGGUUUAAUUUCGCAGAUGUUGACAUUGCAUUUGAGUUUUACCAGCAAUAUGCAAAGCAUCAUGGCUUCGGCGCGAGACGUUCCAGAAGCGAAAAACGCGGCGAAGUAAGGAUACGACAGGAGUUCGUGUGCCACCGACAAGGGUACCGAUCCCCGAAGUUCUACUCGAUGCCUAACCGGCAAAAGAGGCCGAGGGCCGAGACAUGGUAUGGAUGCCCUGCAAGGAUGCUACUCCGCAUGGACGAUGAAUCAGGACGUUGGCACGUUGCGUACUUUUCAGAUGCGCAUAACCACCACGUUCUUGAGUUACGAUUUUCUUCCAUGCUCCCGGGCCAUCAGAGGAUGAGCGAAGCAGACAUCGAGCAGAUGAACGACAUGCGCAAAGGAGGCAUUGGCGUCUCUCGAAUCCACGGUUUUAUAGCGAGCCUGGCCGGCGGGUAUCAUAAUGUCCCGUACACAACAAGGGACAUGCACAAUGUAAAUACGAAGCAACGAAGGGAGGGUGGCCUAGAUGCGGAAUCGUGCCUAAGGUAUCUCCGAGAGUGCAAGGCAAAUGAUCCAGCACUGUACUACAAGGAAGUUGUUGACGGUGAAAGCGUGUUGCAACACUUGUUUUGGUGUGACGGCACCAGCCAAAUUGAUUACCAGGUGUUUGGAGACGUGGUUGCAUUUGAUGCAACGUACAAGAAAAACGUUUACCUUUCACCUCUUGUGGUAUUCUCCGGUGUGAAUCACCACAACCAAACGGUUGUCUUUGCCACUGCACUGGUGGCAGACGAGAAAGAAGAGACCUAUGUCUAGCUGCUUCA